AUGGAAUUUCAGAAGUCACCUGACGGGGGGUGGGGCUGGGUGAUUGUGGUUGUCUCCUUCUUCACCCAGUUCCUCUGCUAUGGAUCCCCGUUAGCUGUUGGGGUCUUGUAUGUAGAAUGGCUGGAUGCCUUCGGGGAAGGAAAAGGAAAAACAGCCUGGGUCGGAUCCCUGGCAAGCGGAGUCGGCUUGCUUGCAAGUCUCGGAUGUGGCUUGCUCUACACCGCGACGGUGACCAUCACGUGCCAGUAUUUUGACAGCCGCCGGGGCCUCGCCCUCGGCCUGAUUUCAACAGGUUCGAGUGUGGGCCUCUUCAUCUACGCGGCUCUGCAGAAGAUGCUCAUUGAGUUCUAUGGCCUGGAUGGGUGCCUGCUCAUCGUGGGCGCUUUAGCCUUAAACAUCCUAGUCUGUGGCAGUCUGAUGAGACCCUUGCAGACCUCCGACUGCCCUUUUCCUGAAAAGACAGCUCCGGAGAAUGUUCCAGAUCGAUACUCCAUCUACAACGAGAAAGAGAAGAACCAGGAAGAAACUAUGAACUUCCAAGACAAGGGCUACGGUAGUGAAGAGAAAUGCUUGCCCAAUGGCGACUGGGGACGGGAGACUUCCCUUCCUAAAAGCCUCACCAGCGCUGCACACACCAAGGAGUCCGAACCAUACAAAAAGAAGGUCGUGGAACAGACUAAUUUUUGCAAGCAGCUUGCCAAGAGGAAAUGGCAGCUAUAUAGGAACUACUGCGGAGAGACCGCGUCUCUUUUUAAAAACAAAGUCUUCUCCGCACUGUUCAUCGCCAUCUUGCUUUUUGACAUCGGAGGCUUUCCACCGUCACUGCUCAUGGAGGACGUGGCGAGAAGUUACCACGUGAGGGAAGAGGAUCUUACGAUGCCUCUCAUCUCCAUUUUCGGCAUCAUGACAGCCGUGGGCAAGCUUCUUUUGGGCAUCCUGGCUGACUUCAAGUGGAUCAACACUUUAUAUCUCUACAUAGCUACCCUGAUCAUCACCGGUCUGGCCUUGUGCGCAAUCCCCUUUGCCAAGAGUUACGUCACGCUGGCGAUACUUUCUGGGAUCUUGGGUUUUCUUACUGGUAAUUGGUCCAUCUUCCCGUAUGUGACCACGAAGACUGUGGGGAUUGACAAAUUAGCCCACGCCUAUGGAAUACUCAUGUUCUUUGCUGGACUUGGGAACAGCCUCGGGCCCCCCAUCGUUGGUUGGUUCUAUGACUGGACCCAGACCUAUGACAUUGCCUUUUAUUUCAGUGGCUUCUGCGUCCUGCUGGGGGGCUUCAUCCUGCUCCUCGCCAUCUUGCCCUGUUGGGAUAUGUGCAACAAAAGACUCCCUAAGCCAGCGAUGCCGACCACCUUUUUCUACAAAGUUGCCUCUAAUGUUUAGAGGGACAUUAAAAGGCUUUACUUCCUCUAUUUUUCUACUUUAUACAGCAAUGUAUGUAUGUGUGUGUGUGUGUGUGAAUAUCCGUAUGUAACCAAUUGUUAGGCAAGUUCUCUAGAGUCAAGAUCUUAUAGCAAAACAUCUCUGGCUUACUCUGACGGAGAACACACACUGUUUUUGUGUGCCAUGUAUAACCUCGAUCCCUUGUCUUCCCCUCCCCCACCCCUCGGGAAGCAGGGCUGUUCCUUUUCACGGUUGUUCGUCGUUCCUGAGUUCAGGUUGUAAAACCAUUGACUAGCCUCGCACAUUUUCCUCUGGGUGAAGUUUAAAGUCUCUGCUUUCCCCGUGAGUUCUCCAAGGUGCUCAGUGGGUCCUGUCUUAAACCGUGCACUCCUCGUGAUCGGAUCUGUGUAAAGGAGUAAGGGCUGUCUCCUCCAUGUGAGCCCUGCAAGUCCAGAGAAGAGACCGAGCCGUCUCAUUUCCAGAAACGAAAGUAAUUUGCAACAUCACUGAGCCAUCGAAGACCAUAGACGAUGAUGACAUAGUUUAAAUCGCAGCUGUCUGACGUCCGUUUUCUAAUUUCCUGUGUUUGAUGAAGUACUGUGGGGCAAUUUGGUGUCCACUGCCUACGAACUUGCUCGAUUCCUCCAGCAGCCUCCCUGCAUGGCUGGCUCCUAGGACCUCGCUCCCUGGUCUUGAUCGGCAUCCACUUUGCUGAUGUCUUCUGAAAGGGCCGCAGGCUUACCAGUUUCCAGCUUGG